AUGUCGUACCAGUAUCUGAAGCAGGUCCGCAAGAUUGUAUGCAUAGGUAGGAACUAUGCCGCCCACAUCCGGGAGCUAAAUAACCCCUUGCCAGAUAGCCUGGUCUACUUCCUUAAACCGACGUCAAGCCUCGUCACCCCUGUCGAUGCGGCCGUUCCCACGGCACCAGAGGACCCCAGCCACGUUCUUCGCGCGGACGGAACCAACCCCGGUCCGAUUUUAGUUCCUCAGGGGGUCGAGGUCCAUCAUGAAGUGGAGCUGGCACUGGUGCUCGGCAAGCGGCUCAGUAACCUUCUUCCAAGUGAGUUCGGCCCCGAGGAUGUAUACGGCGCCAUCAGCGGCGUGGCGUUGGCUCUCGACCUGACGGGGCGCAACCUCCAGGCCGAGUCCAAGCGCAAGGGCCUGCCGUGGACCGCCGGAAAGGGCUUCGACACCUUCACGCCGAUCUCCGCGUUCGUUCCGCGGGAGGCCCUGCCCAGCCGCGACCUGCAGAACAGCUUCACGCUGCGGUGCGCCGUCAACGGCGUGCAGAGGCAGGAUGCAAGCACCGCGCUGAUGCUCACACCGAUGCACCAGCUUCUGCAGCAGCUCUCCGCCGUGAUGACUCUCGAGCCAGGCGACAUCGUGCUCACCGGCACACCGGCGGGAGUGGGCCCCAUAAUCCCCGGCGACCACAUUUCCGCCAGCCUCCUGCAAGAUAAGAAACAGCUCGCUGCAUUCGCCUUUGAUGUCCGUACCCGCCCAGGCCCUUAUAUGUACAACAGCAAGCUCUAG